UUCUGCCGUAAAUAACUGUCCUUGAGAAUCAAUUAAUCCGUGUCCUGAAAAGAUGUACUAGCACCAACUCUACCCGAAAUGCAAGCGGUUUGUGCAGCCAAAAUGAAGUUCAAUCCAUUUGUGACCUCAGACCGCAGCAAGAACCGCAAACGACACUUCAAUGCGCCUUCUCACAUUCGAAGAAAAAUAAUGUCCUCCCCGCUCUCCAAGGAGUUGCGGCAGAAAUACAAUGUCCGCUCUAUGCCCAUUCGAAAGGAUGAUGAAGUCCAGGUUGUCCGGGGACACUACAAAGGACAGCAGAUUGGCAAGGUGGUCCAGGUGUACAGAAAAAAAUACGUCAUCUACAUUGAACGUGUUCAGCGUGAGAAGGCUAAUGGCACAACUGUCCAUGUGGGGAUCCAUCCCAGCAAGGUGGUGAUCACUAGGCUAAAACUGGACAAAGAUCGCAAAAAGAUCUUGGAGCGUAAAGCAAAAUCUCGCCAGGUUGGCAAGGAGAAGGGCAAAUACAAGGAAGAAACAAUCGAGAAGAUGCAGGAAUAGAUGGUUUCCUGUUUGACACCAUUAAAGAACUGCUAAAA